AUGGAGCUCCUCGCCAAAGUCAUCCUGAAGACCGCCGAGAACUUCUACGCCCUAUGUACCAGCAGGAAAUGCGUCGGCAAAUUUGGCAAGCCCCUCAAACCACAAAAGCGAGUCGAUGUACAACGCCAAGUUCGCCGACGAGACCAUCGUGAGGAAGCUCACCAGGACCUGACGAAGGCCAGGCCGGGGACAAACGACACGCAAUUCUUCAUGUGCACGACAAGGACGAAAUGGCUUGACGACAAGCACGUGGUGUUCGGGCAGGUGGUGGAUGAGUACGACGUAUUGAAGGCGGUGGAGAAUGUCGGGUCGGGGAGCCACCGGACCUCGAGAACGGUGGUGAUCCCAAACUGCGACUAA